AUGGCAGAUACACAAUGCACGCUUGCAGCUGAAUAUGAACUCCUCAUUUUAUUUAUUGGUAAAGACCGAUUGCACGAUGAAUGUCUAGUGGUUCGUAAACGGGGUACGUUACAACAGAAACAAGAGUUGGAGUUAGAAGAACAGCGAGAAAAACAACGGCAAAAGCAAUUGAAAGAAAAGGAAGCGAUUAAAGAAUUCACAGAGCAGGGAGAGAAGAUUAAGAUUGAACUAAAAAAACCACAAGUUGGCACAGAAGAACAUGAACACCAUGAAAUGUCUUGCCAAGCUAGUUUUGAUGAAAAGGGGCGUGAGAUUGGUCGAAAACGUGCUAGGCGUAUACGCAAAGAAAGACAACGAAAUAAACAAGCUGAGCAUAACAAAAAGAAGAUUGUUAAAGUUGAUAGCUUCAUGCAAACAGUUCCUGAGGAUUAUUGGCUUUGCCCUUGGUGUAGUGAACAUAUUGCUCCAGUAAGUCAAUGUGGACACGAAGCAAUUUGUCGUGCAGGUGUUCAACAGAAAAGAAAAGAAGAUGAACUGAAAGCUAGACUGAAACAACACCAACUGUACAUGGAGGCUAAAAAACGUCAGCGUUUAGGAUUACCACCUUUAAAAGGUCAACAACAACGCAAGUCGGAAAUCGUUCACUCACGUAGUCGUAGUCGUAACCGGGAUAAGUCAAAUACAAGAUCAGUAGGAAACACUACUAAUCCAACUAUUAAAGCAAAAACUGCCUCAGCUAAACUUGAUGAAGUUCAUCCUAAUGAUAUGGAAGGAAUGAUAAAACUUAUGCAACGCUUAUGCACAGAAUCGAAAUGUCAAUUACUGGCUGAUAGUGAUUGUGUAUCCCUAUCAGCCAGUAAAUGUUCAGGGUGUAAACGUGCCUUUUGUUUCGUUCAUCGUCCAAUUGGAAAACACAGUGCCUGUGCAUUAAAACAAGAGCCCGCUAGUUCCGAAAAUAUUACAUCUGUAGCUUGUGGUUGGGAUCCAGAUGAAAAAAAAGAAGCAUUAAAACUUGCAAUGCGUGAACGGAAAGCGAAAUUACGAGAGAUGCGUCAACGAUGUUAAAGUGAUUUAAAACCUACAGACUGGCUGUGACCUAAUAACUAAUCAUCAUGAUUAUCAUAUAAUAUUUAUUUUCUUGUUAGACAAUUUUACGCUAACUAUUUUAUAGUGCUAGCUUUAUAUGAAUCUUUUUAUAAAAUUGCUUUCUGUACCCGAUUCUUUUUAAGACAGUUUUUUAAUUCUCAUUUUCUAGACAAGUUACACAGUAAUUUUCUUUUUC